GACGUGGAAUCUGGCUUGGCUUCCAUCGCGGCCUACGUUUGCAUGCUCGCAUCAUCAUAUGCUGCCCGAUAUCCACCGUUGUCUUAUUCUUGGCUUAUAUCCACUCCUUCUGCACCAAUCCACUUCCGCUGACUUGGCCGCAUGCCCAAAGCCACUAUCUGCGCUGGACGCGUACGCAACCCUCCUUUUUUCCGCCUUGCCGAUUGUAGAUCGAAGCAUGGUUGCUUUAUUGACGAAGAUGCUCCAGGAUAUUUCCUAGUCAAAAGCAACUUCAUAGGUCGCCAAGCCGCUGUGCUUUCGUCAACACAAACCGGUGAAGCUGCGCUCUGGAACACCGGAGCACGGCCCGCCUCAGGUGUGGCAGCAUCCACGAGUCUACAGUUGUCUUGUGUUGCUGCCGAGACAAGUCCACCUUCGGUCCAGGCCGGAAGUAUAUCGAGAAUCCAAGCAAGGGCAGGUCCAGGCUCCAGAAUGAUAGGCCAAGUGAGUGUUUGCUUGAUGUACACGUGGCUGGCACAGAUGGGUUUGGUAUCGAUCAUGACUCUAGGUGUUACACGAAGACGGCGGAAGAUCGCAUUUCUCUGUCGAGGGGGUGUUCGGUGGACCCCAGAUCCCGGAACCUUGCUCUUCUAACUCCUAAUUUAACCUUUAAAAAGUUUGCCAAUUUCCGCUUCGCCGUUCAACGGAGGAAUGUCCUGCGAAUGUUUCAAUACUACCCAGCGCAACGAAACCGGGCUGUGCGACUAAGCUCUUUUUAACGACUCGCAAAAACUGUCAUCCGGUUUGUCAUACGGACGCCGUUCAACUCGGUAUUGUCAGCUAUGUCUCAGUAGUCAGCGGACUCUCAAGCAAGUGGGUAGUGACUCUAAAGCA